ACGCUGUCGGGUCCAGGUCACCUGCCCUCUUCUCAACGUGGGACAGAUUUCUCGUUUUCGCGCCCCAAAACCUUUCUUUCUUUUUGAAGCGCGACAAGGAUUAACCCCAGCCAUCCCCCGGGCCCAGUUCUCCGUUGUUAUUUUGGAUUCGCAAAAGUUGUGGAUCCUUCCAUUUCGCCUGGUUCGCCAGGUCCACGAAUACAUAAUAAAAAGGAAGAGCAACGUGGGAGCCCUUCAACAUCUCCAGCAUUAUGACCUGUCCGUACGGAGUAUAAAUUCAUCAAUUGCAUCAUGACAGGACCCAGUCGGAGACGGCGGUUUCGAUGUCCAUUGCCGGCAGCCACUCGGCGAGACGACUGGUCGUCUCAAAGCUUCCCCGGCCCCUGUCCAUCAUGUCAAUCUCGCGUGGGAACUGCAAGCCACCUUUUGGCCAAUGGCUGCAAUUCCCUAGCCUUACGUCCUCACCGCCGUAUCACACCUCAGCGGCCGCCCGUGAGUAACGUGAACAUGCGCCGAGAUGCCAGCUCUGCUUACCGUUUCGAUCUUGCCAACCGCCCUGCAGAUUUCACGUCUCACCGCGGCGGCCGACAGCUCCCAUUAUUACUAUGUAUUGUUGUGAACUCUCGUUUGGCAACGGCACCUCACCGGAAAUGGUCAGGCUACUCGUUCGUUGUUCUACAAGCGCUCCCCAUGUCGUCGCUAGGGGAGAAAAGGACGCUAGGUAGGUGUCAGCUGAUGACACUUUUGGGCGACUCGCGAGGACGUGCUUACGACUGAUGACGAUGACAAUGUGCUGGAAGAAAUUCUCACCUCCUUUCUUAUGAAACCAACCAGCCUGGGAGUACGCCCGAACCACCCACGGCCUGGAAACGCAGGCAGAUUGGCAGAGCCGGCAGCAACGUCCCUGCAACUGGUGACCGAC